AUGAAUGAUGAGGACACAAUGACAUUUAGAACUUGGUUUUGUGAUAUUGACUUAUACGGACACAUGAACAAUGGUUCCUACAAUCUGUACUGUGAUUACGGUCGCUAUGCCCUUGCGGUUCGCCUUUUUGGUAUGAAGUGGUUCAACAAUGCCUACUGUGUCGUCAGUACGUCGCAUAUUCAAUAUAUUCGCUCCCUCCCCCUUUUUAAAAAGUUCACGUUGCGAACAUCGGUUGUUGCUGUGAACGGAAAGAACGUUUGGUUCCGACAAAGCUUCGAAAGCGGUGGUAAGAUGUACGCAGUUGCCAACAUGAAGAUGGUGUUCUUGAACAAGAACUACCGCAGCGUGUCUGGCCGUGAUGCUCUUUCUGCUUUCUGCUCGGAGAUGGCUGCCAAUGAGGAGUGGAAUGAUGACAAGCAUUCGAUUCCUGAGUGCAAGAAGCUUGGCGAGCAAUAUCUCGCUCUGGAUAACGGUAUUCUGGCUUCUUCUGAAGCGAUUUAUGAGAAGAAGGGACUGAAAGUACGAUCAUCACACGCCAAGUCACCUUGA